UUGAUGGAAACCAACUUAGCUUAGGCCAUGACAAGCAAACUUCUUGUGUAAGAAAAUGGACAAUGUGGUAAAUUAGUGCGCAAGAGUAUUUGAACCAACUUUGCUUAGAACCUUUUUGAUUGACAAUUCCAGUCGCUUAUCAACAUUUGACUCUGAAAAACUCGUGAUCAAGAGACCACCAAACCAAAACUUCACAUCCACAAUGAGGUUUGUCUGGCUGUCAGUCUUGCUGGUAUGCGUCCAUGCUGAUUGCCAAUGGCAGUUUGGUAAUUCUUGCUAUCAGCUGCUGACAGGAACAAUGACGUUUGAUAAGGCAUUGCAGGCCUGCUCUGCUAUGGGUGCUGGCUUGGUGGUUCCCAACUCCCAGAAUGAGAAUCAGUUCAUAUGGCAGAUGAUGAAGAAUCAUCACCCCUCUAUUGACGAAGUCUGGAUCGGCUGCACCGACAAGCACACCGAAGACCAGUGGAUGUACGCUGCUGACGCAGGCAAGGAGUGCAAAUUUGUCAGCUGGGCAACAGGAGAGCCAAACGGACAGAAUCUGGGCGAAGACUGCGCACAGAUGUGGGAUUCCCGUGCUGGCCAGUGGGUUGAUAUUGGAUGUUCUGCACAUGCAUCUGUGUUCUGUGAGUAUUACAGCAGUCUUGAGGUGACCUGCCGUCAGGCUGAUGCAGACGGCCGUUUUGCUUGAAUCCCCGUGCUCUUCAAUCAAUAUGGUGGCUUUCUCCUACUAAAUAUUCACCUGGUAUGUUUGGUUCUAAAAAACACCCCUUUUCCGCUGAUGUUUGGCACAUAUGUUUGGCUCCCAGUCCACCAAUAAUCGAUACUGAUUGUGGGGCAGGAAUAAGCCGUCCCCUCAAGAACAGAAUUAACUAGCACAAAUACACUGGUUAAAGAUACAAAUUUAAAUGAAAAUCAGUUGAACGUAAACAUUAUGUGAUACUUUCUCAGAAAAAAAUGGAUAUAUUUUCUUUUCUCACAAGGGUUCCUUUUAAGGAAUAUUGCAACAAUUUAUGCUGCAUUAGGAGGUGAAAAGCCAAUAUCUUUCUGCAUGUUUCUUUCACACAAUAAUAAAACAAGGAUACAUGUAUGUGAUGCCGGGAAAUAAAAAUCGGCCAAAUGGGGGAUACAAAAAUGUCUAUGUGGUUGUCAUGUCAGUGGGUUGAUAAUCGAUGUUCUGCAGUUGCGUCCGUGAUCUGUACAGCAGUCUCGAGGUGACCUGCCUUCAGGCUGAUGCAGACGGCCGUUUUGCUUGAUUUUCUUUUUAUUAAACUUGCUUUCCCCGUGCUCUUCAAUCAAUAUGGUGGCUUUCUCCUACUGAAUAUUCACCUGGUUUGUUUGGUU